CGCACGCCGUUCUGCGAAGCGGAGAUCGGAUCAGUGAGGGUGGAAGGGGAUGAAUCGAAACGCUAAGCAGCUCGAGAAAUUGAAACGAGGAAAGAUUUAGAGAGGAAAGAGACGUCGUAGGAAGAGGCCGCAAAAACCGACCGACCGAGAGGAUCGGUCAAUGGACCCUGAAUCCGCAGCUUCUUACUUUUUGCUCUUUAACCGACUGUUAUAAACAGAUUAUUUCGAAAGUGUCGUUAUUUAAAUAUUUUUUACUUACCUUCGAACAGGAUUUUUAAAGCGCUCAUAGCUGUCUGUAGUUUCGUUCAUAUAACGAAUAUUGUUAACAAUCAACUAUAGCGAGGAUUUCUAAUACCUUGACAAAGUUUUUAAUGGUUUAGAAACACUCGAGGUAUCAAGUUUUGUAUAAAAUUAAUACUAAAAAAAAGUGUGUUCUCUGCUUCAUUUCCAACCCUGUAUAAAUCCUACGCCUCUAAAAGUUAUUCAUUGUUCCAAACAGAGUCUAAUUCCGUAAGCUGUGCAAAGGGUAAUCAAAAUUCUAAUCCGAUCAUCGAACCUCUACAUAAAAAACUUCUAGGUACUGAUGAUAUCAUUCGACGUCGCGGAUAUCGAUAACUAAAAAUAAGAGAGAAUAUACCGGCCGUGAAAUCUGGGAGGGGCAAACGGUUGAAACGCGAGGAAACCAAGAGGAAAGGCUUUACGACGUGUUCGAGGGAACACAGACGCUCGAAAUCGAAGCUUUUAACGAGAAGUGCAGACUUAUUUGACGGUGCAGCGACUGCGGGGCGCCCGCAGGGCCGCACACACUCUCUCCCUCUCUCUUUCUCUCUCGCCCCUAUAAAUAGACUCGACGCUACCACGAUUGCGGCCCUACAUCGUGCGGCUAUUUUCGACAGGCAUCGCUACUCGUUACAGUUCUCCGUACGCCCGCUCCACGACGAGUUUCUAUCGUCGACGGCUCUUCAAACCCGCGAACAAAGACACAGAUGCGCUGUUUACGCCGCGAGCAACAAGAAUCUGCCGAUCGUAGCGGCUCCUUGACGACCUGCUGCUCCUCCAGGUCGUACUUACUCUUCUGAACACGUUCAUCGUUUCUAAAAUGGAUAUUUAUUGCGAUUUAGUAGAUGUAUAAUCGAUAGUUAAUCGUAGUGAAACGAAGUGUAAUAGUUUUAGUGUGGUACCCGGUUGAAAUCCAAAAAUUUUCGUCGAGAUAUUCGAAUCUAGUGACCUGUCGUUUCAACUUUGUCGAUAUUACAUGGAAAUUAUUUAAGUGGAAAGCCAGACGGUUCAUUCACUCCAUAAUAAGCGUGCCUUAAAGGGAUGUUUAACGAAAAGACGUAGACCAGAAUCUUUUCUGCACUUCCUCAGCGAUGAUAGACUGCCGAGGAUGUUCAGCUCGCUGAGACUGACCACCAUGCGCUCGCAUAAGAACCGUGCUCGGCCAGGAAGCGUGGCCACGUCCGCCAGUUCCGAUUCAGCUCGACCCGAUGAGAUCACCCAGUCUUACCAUACGCACAGUUUCUUGCUACUAGACGAUCAGGACAGUCCUGUAUCCACCCCUUCCAGUGUUUCCUCUAAAGUAGCUCAAGUUAGAGUGGAACGCGAAGGAGGAAGUCUCGGAGUUACCCUUAGGGGUGGAGUUUCUAGAGCUCUGGUAGUCACUGGAGUGAAAUCUGAUGGGCCAGCGGCAAAAGAAGGAAGAGUUAGACCUGGAGAUAGAUUAUUGGCUGUGGAUGAUACUGAAUUGAGAGGUUUGACCUUGGCAGAGGCUCAAAGAGCGCUUAGAAGAAGUUCCGAUGCUCCUGUGGCUUCCUUGACUAUUGAGUAUGACGUUGCUAACAUGGAAGAGGCCAGGGCAGCUACUUCCGGUUCCCUUCUGGUGCAAUUGGAACGUGGACUUUCGGGAGAACUGGGUCUAACAGUAAGAGAAACACCAAACGGAGUCUACAUUGAAAGUUUAAGACCAGCAAGUACGGCAGAUCGCUGUGGCGCUCUGCAACCUGGAGACAAACUAUUAGCAGUGGAUGAAACCCCUGUCCAGGAUGCAGUGACAGCCGCCAAACUGCUCAGAAACAACUUCGACUCUCGCAUAGCUAGGCUACAGAUCUUACCUAGGCCUCCUAGUGCUUCACAGAGAACAGUAAAGAGGAGGGCGCAGCCACAAGCACAACAGACCUCCAAUCAAACUCUGCAAACGAAAGAGAGCCUGACUGUGGUCCUUAGACCAGAUCACAAAGGAUUUGGACUUGCUUUAAAGCUCGCUGAAGAUCGUCUAAAUUAUGUCGUCAGUCUAUUAGAAGCUGGAGGUCCAGCUGAACGCAGCGGAGUCCUUUUGCCGGGAGAUAAAGUUCUUGCAAUUAAUCGUAGAAUGCUCAGAGAUCUUCAGCCAGCUGAGGUAACUGGCAUUUUGGAAACUUCUCAAAUGAUCGAGUUAGUAACGGAGUACAAGGUCGGUGGACCAGUUGUUCCCAGCUCAGGAGUGUUCACAGUGCGAGUAGCGAGACCUAUUGGCGGACAGCCUGAUGUAGGUCUCACAGUGAACGAGGAUUUGAUCAUUACCGAGGUUCGUAAGGGAUCUCUGGCUUACAGAACCGGCAGCCUAGCUCCAGGGGACAGGUUAUUAGCUAUAGACGGGCAAAAACUAGACCCUGGCGACCUCAGACAAGCCGCACAGCUGUUACAUCGACCAGGGAACUCGGUUAUCGCCCUGACCGUGAGGAAACCGGACCCUACCUCGGAAACCAGAGAUUACUGCAAGGAGUCCAGUAUAGGAAGCGAUUCAGUGCAACAGUAUCCUUCAGGAAUUCUUCGACCAGCUAGGGAGAGUCUACCUAGUGUAGACAGUGCAGUGGAUUCUUGGGGAGAACUAGGAGAAAACAGUGGGACAGGUCCGGAGAUUCUGAGGCUUUGGGAUACAGCUUCGGUGGAUAGUGGUCAACUGGAUGUACACAUGCCUCCUUACCCUGGGCCACAGGAAUGCAGCAACUCAGACAGGCCUCAACAGAUAGUUCACGUCUCCUUACACAAGGACCCAGUAUACGAAGACUUUGGUUUCUCCGUAUCCGAUGGUCUGUAUGAGCGUGGAGUUUAUAUAAAUCGUCUUCGGCCUGGUGGACCCUGCGAUGGCGUUCUAAAACCUUAUGACAGAAUUCUGCGUGUAAACGAGGCCAGCACAGAAGAUUGCGACUGUUGCUUGGCUGUCCCGUUGAUCGCUGCGGCUGGUCCACGUUUGGACCUCACCGUAGCCCGACCGGUAUCUCCUCCUAACAUUAUAAAAACACUGUAAAGGAGAGCAAAUCAAUGUGACAAAGCAGUGUAACGAGGAAAAUGGUGGUGAACAUAUCUGGUAUAUUUUUAUACACACCUGUAUUUUAUUUAUAAAAAUAAAUGUAUAGAUUGCUUUCAGCUAGAACA